GGUAUGGUUGAAAACCCGAAGUCCAUCGCGCUCAGCAGAAGAGAAGCAGCACAACUAAAUGUGACUUAUCUGAGCAUCAUCAUCAUCACAUCUGCGCCUCCGGGAGACAAAGAAGAGACGAACUCUGAAGGCGCAAACAACGCGAUCAGAGCCUCCCGGAGUGAUAUGAUAUCGUUAUUAUUAUAUCUCUCGACGUGACGACUGUUUGUCUGCUUCUAAUGUUUCCAACCCACUGAGAGCAGGGGGAUUUAUUCCUUCUUUUGUUCUUUGCUUUUUUAUUGACUUAUUAAUAAAAGCAGCCAAAACGAAUAAAUACGGGUCAUUAUGGUUUUGUUAACACUGCAUAAUAGAAGAGGGUUGAAUUGCUUGUGCGCGCAGUUCUUGCUGUGGAUUUUAUGUGCUGUGGACGGUGAGGAGCAGCAAUUCAGUGUGGAGGCUUGGCUGCAGAGGUAUGGCUACCUCCCUCUCACAGACCCCAGAAUGUCCGUCUUGCGGUCAGAACAGACCAUGCAUUCUGCUAUCGCUGCCAUGCAGCGUCUCUACGGCCUUAACGUCACCGGUGAACUGGAUAAGAACACCAUUGACUGGAUGAAGAAGCCACGAUGUGGGGUGCCAGACCAGUUCGGCGGUGCCUUGAAAUUUAGCGUCCGAAAAAGACGUUACGCUCUCACAGGGCAGAAAUGGCAACAUAAACAUAUCACGUACAGUAUAAAAAAUGUCACGCCUAAGGUGGGAGCGGAGGAGACCCACAACGCCAUUCGCCGGGCGUUCGAUGUGUGGCAGAACGUCACGCCGCUGCGUUUCGAGGCAGUGCCCUAUAGCGACCUGGAGCGCAACAAGAAAGAUGUGGAUAUUACUAUCAUUUUCGCCUCAGGUUUCCACGGCGAUAGCUCCCCCUUCGAUGGAGAAGGGGGUUUCCUUGCACAUGCCUACUUUCCCGGUCCUGGGAUUGGAGGAGACACACACUUCGAUUCGGAUGAGCCCUGGACUCUGGGGAACCCUAACCAUGACGGGAACGACCUCUUCCUGGUGGCAGUACAUGAACUGGGUCACGCGUUAGGCCUGGAGCACUCGAACGACCCCACUGCCAUCAUGGCCCCCUUCUACCAGUACAUGGACACAGAGAACUUCAGACUGCCACAUGAUGAUCUGCAGGGCAUCCAGAAGAUCUACGGACCUCCCGACAAACUUCCUCAGCCAACGAGACCUCUACCGACGGUCCUACCGGCCCGCUCGCACCCUCCCGUAGAUCCACGCAAAAACGACAGGCAGACACGGCCUCCGCGAAUACCGACCGGCGACAAACCAAUGCACCCGAAUGCUAAGCCAGACAUCUGUGACGGCAGCUUCAACACGUUAGCCAUCCUCAGGAGGGAGAUGUUUGUGUUUAAGGACCACUGGUUUUGGAGGGUCAGAGAUAACACUGUGAUGCCCGGUUACCCCAUGCUCAUCAAUGUCUUCUGGAGGGGUCUGCCACCCAAGAUCGACGCCGUCUAUGAGAACAGCAAGGGCAAAUUUGUUUUCUUCAAAGGCAAGCAGUUCUGGGUGUUCAAGGACACACUGCUACAGCCUGGCUACCCACAGGACAUCUCAAUGUUUGGAAACGGCAUGCCAGCGCAGAGUAUAGAGACAGGCGUCUGGUGGGAGGACGUGGCCAAGACCUACUUCUUCAAAAUUACAGGUUUCACUUACUUCUACAAGGACAAAGAGUACUGGAAGUUCAACAACCACAGGCUACGGGUGGAGCCCGGCUACCCUCGCUCCAUCCUCAAAGACUUCAUGGGAUGCGACCUCACGCCCAUUGACCCUGACAUGCAGCCGACAGAGGACGAAGACGUUGUGAUUAAACUGGACAAUGAAGCCAGCACGGUCAAAGUCAUCGCCAUCGUCAUUCCCUGCGUCCUGGCGCUCUGCCUGCUGAUGUUGAUCUACACCGUCUUUCAGUUCAAGAGGAAGGGGACGCCCCGACACAUACUGUACUGCAAACGCUCCAUGCAGGAGUGGGUUUGAGUCACAUGGCCACGAGACACGGUGGUGUAAACACCCUAAACUUGCGGACUUUGGCUCUCGACCUCGCUCAAGGAGAACAGCGAGGGCCUUUGCUUUGAUUCCCCCCUCCAGGAGACGAGGGGUGCAUUUCCCUCCAAAACUCCCUUCUCUUGUCCCAUUGGCCCCGGUGCACCCGCUGUAGGAGGCUUGCGGGAUUGCAAGGAUCCCACGGUGCAUUGCGCCGUCCAGUGCCACUGUUUGACGUGGAAAUCGCUGAUUGCUAUACCUUUAGGUUUUACAAGUGCACGCUGAGAAUUGAACAAAUUUACGAAAAUGUCGCAGGAGUCAGAUUUUUUAUUUUUUUUUACUUUCCAAAUUUUCGCUUGGCUCCAAUCUAUUUAUUUUUUAACAGAAAUAUUUACGAUUCCCUUUAAAGCAUCCCAAACCAAAUAAAGACUCCAAAGAGGAUCUUUUUUCUUCUUUUUACAAUUUUUUUUAUAAUUUUUUUCUCCACUCUCUGCUCUAAAUAUUUUGCAAUGAUGUGAAGUGGGGAAAGUUUUGACUGUUGUGGCAGUCUGUCUCAAAAACAGGGGCCAAAUUAUUCUGCAAUAUUUUUAAUAGCCUUAAUUAUGGAUUGUGUUUGCUUUUGUUUUAGUUUAUUUGUUUGUUUUUGAGCACCGCUUUGUUUGUCCUGUCAGAACAGCAGUGCAAUAUUGCUUUGCUCCCUUUGAGAUCGAUUUGAGACCUCAUUUUCGCCAGGGGCUGCACUGCCGCUGGAACGGGGCGGGACUCCUUAACCUCUGCCUAACAUAUCAGUCAAAACAGAGGGAAGACCGAGCUACUGCAACAAUGAAUACUUUAUUGUGUUUUUUUCCAUCCGAUGGUAGAAUUGCAACAGCAAAGGAAGUGCUUAACUGUUUAUCGUGCUUUACGCUCACUCGUUUGGUCGUGUUUACACGGACAGAGAUUUGAGAAUUAGUUUCUUCCCUUUUUCCAAAAGGUUGCUGUUCAAGACAGAGCAUGUCAUGUCCUUCAGACUGCCUUUAGGUCUGGAUGGGAUCCUAGAACCUUGACGUAUGAACCAGAACCACCGGAGCAACUCAGGACAGUGCUUGAUUCAAAGUGUAUGCAAGCCUUCUCAUCCAGUCCUGUGUCUUUAUUAUCAACCGAGAAGAGAAUCAAGGAUAUAUCAUGUAACGUUUCACCAUUGCUUGUGAUCAGAAAUUUCUGCAAUAGGAUCGGACGAAUUUUUUUACGGAGUCAGAACUUUCAGUUGGGUCAUGUCUUGCAGUCUGACUCUAGAUCAAUCCUUUGCAUCGAACGGAUGUUUGAACACACAGUUAUUUGCUUGCAUUAGCGUUUUUUUACAUUUGUAAAAAUUUUUUUUUUUUUUUUUUGGGUACAUUCGAAAUGGUCUUAACCUCAACUUUAAAGUGGUACUUAAAGUGCUAAGCUGUCAUCCGGCACGUUUCCUUUAGAUGCGAGAAGAAAAAAAAACAUACGUGAUCUGAAGGAAACCAUAUGCGUGUUUUUGGCAAGCAGUGUUUGAAUGUGUCUCUGUAUUGAUGAUAGAUUUUUUUUUUUCUUUCUUUUUUCAUUGUUUUAAGAAAAAAAGGGAAAAAAUGGGACAUUCUUCAAAUUCAUGUACUUCAUGACUCGGUUUGGGAUGAACUGUCCUGACAGACUUAAUAAAUUAAUCAGUAUAUGA